GUCUCGGGAGCGGCGGGGCUUGCUUUUGGGAUGGGAGACCGAGGAGCCGCGGGGUCUGCCUUUGCAUCUUCGGGUCCCAAAGGCCACUAGCUGUGCACAGGUUUGAAUACACUGGCAUUCUCCAUGAGGUAUUUUUCUGAUGGCAGUCCUAAGUAAACUAGCUCUGAAGGAACUGGGCAUAUGAGCAUUCCUGAUGAAUGUGAUUUGAGUUCUGUGGUAGACAUCAAUUGAUAACAAUAAUAGUACAGAAACUGUGACCACCUGAAGAUCCAAACUGGAGCUAUGACCCAGAAGAAUUCCUAGAUCUAGAUGUGCAUCUUCUCCAUGGACAUUAACUAGAGGUGACACAGCCUCCUCACAACUCAACUUGAAAGAUGAGUGAUGGGGCAUGGAUCAUGCUUAGUCCAGCAGAGUUUGCUCAGCUGCAGCAGUAUUCUGAAUAUUCUACCAAGAAAUUGAGAGAUGUUUUGGAAGAGUUCCAUGGGGAUGGUAUUCUGUCAAAAUAUAAUCCAGAACAAAAGCAAGACACUUUGAACCAACCUAUUGACUAUGAAGGGUUCCAGCUCUUUAUGAGAACAUAUCUGGAGGUGGAUAUUCCAGAAGAGCUCUGUCAGCACCUCUUCAUGUCCUUCAAACAAAAAGUCAGCCAAUAUUCUCCGGAGAGCCAGCAGCAAAGUGCCAGUAUUCCACAGCUCAACAACCCUGAAUGCAAGACUCUUGAUACAGGCAUCUCCAUCCAGACAGAAGUUGCUUGUGCUCCUGUUACAGGGAUUAAUGGGAAAACUCUUCUAAGUGCCAUGGGAAGGCAUACACCUGAAUCUAAAAGCCCCCAGACAAAUCUAGCAGAGCCACAUUCAGCAUCUCUCAGUCCUGUCCCAACAGCCAACAUCAAUGCCCUUGGGAAUGCCUCACCUAGCUGGUCCAGAUCAUCAUCACAGAAAUCCACUGCCGGUAACCCUUCUGCUCACAACUCCUCAGGGUCCUCCAAGAUUUCCUCAGGGUCUCUGCUUACUCCACAAUCCCCAGGUUCCAGAAGUUUGGACAAGAAACUGCCCUUCAGCCUCCGAAAGAGUCACAUCUCCCUGAAAACAGCCAGUCCACACCCACCAGCCCCUUUGGCUCAGGUAGUCUACCUGAAGGACAUUGUCUGCUACCUGUCACUGCUGGAAAGGGGACGGGCGGAGGAUAAGCUGGAGUUUAUGUUUCGCCUCUAUGACACAGAUGGCAAUGGCUUCCUGGACAGUUCGGAGCUGGAUCGUAUUAUCAAUCAAAUGGUACAUGUAGCAGAAUAUCUGGAAUGGGACUCCACAGAAUUAAGGCCAAUUUUGAAAGAGAUGAUGGAAGAAAUAGACUAUGAUCAUGAUGGAACUGUGACACUUGAAGAAUGGAUUCGGGGUGGCAUGACCACCAUCCCUCUGCUGGUUCUCCUAGGCAUGGAAACAAAUGUAAAGGAUGAUGGGCAGCAUGCUUGGAGGCUGAAACAUUUCAAGAAGCCUGCCUACUGCAACUUUUGCCGCACUAUGCUACUGGGGGUUAGGAAGCAAGGCUUGUGCUGUUCCUUUUGUAAAUACACUGUCCAUGAAAGAUGUGUGUCCAAAGAUAUUGCUCCUUGCAUCAGUACUUAUGUAAAAUCCAAGAGAAAUACAAAUGUUAUGCAGCACACAUGGAUUGAGGGCAAUUCCCCAGCCAAGUGUGAUCGAUGUCAUAAAAGCAUCAAAUGCUACCAGGGAAUUACCGGACUACAUUGUGUAUGGUGCCAAAUCACACUUCACAACAAAUGUGCCUCUCAUGUGAAACCUGAAUGUGAUGGUGGGCAUCUCAAAGACCACAUCUUGCUGCCUUCCCAGAUCUGCCCAGUUGUUCUGGAUAGGCAAUCCCACUCACGAAGAUCAGACAGUGAAUCACCAUCCAGCACCACCCCUGAGGAUACAAACAUGACCUUCAGAUACAAUACCACCACAGUGGAUGGACAUGGACUGCAGAUCACGCCUAAGCCAGGAACACACCCAUUGUUGGUAUUUGUGAACCCCAAGAGUGGAGGAAGGCAAGGAGAAAGGGUACAUCGGAAAUUCCAUUAUCUACUCAACCCCAGACAAGUGUACAACCUGGAUCGAGGGGGACCUACUCCUGGAUUAAAUUUUUUCCGUGAUGCCCCAGACUUUCGUAUUUUGGCUUGUGGAGGAGAUGGGACAGUUGGAUGGAUCCUAGACUGCAUAGAUAAGAUGAACUUAGCAAAGCACCCUCCUGUGGCUAUCCUGCCAUUGGGAACAGGGAAUGAUCUUGCCCGCUGCCUCCGUUGGGGAGGAGGUUAUGAAGGAGGCAACUUAAUAAAAAUACUUAAGGAUAUUGAGCACAGUACUGAAGUAAUGCUGGACCGAUGGCAAAUUGAUGUCAUUCCCAAUGACAAAGAGGAGAAUGGAGAUCCUGUCCCAUACAGCAUCAUCAACAACUAUUUCUCCAUAGGAGUAGAUGCAUCCAUUGCACAUAGAUUCCACUUGAUGAGGGAAAAGCAUCCUGAAAAAUUCAAUAGCAGAAUGAAGAAUAAAUUGUGGUAUUUUGAAUUCGGCACAACAGAAACAUUUGCAGCCACUUGCAAGAAGCUUCACGACUAUGUAGAGAUUGAGUGUGAUGGAACAGUUUUGGACCUGACUAGCACUUCAUUGGAAGGUAUUGCAGUCCUCAACAUUCCCAGCAUGUAUGGUGGCUCCAAUCUCUGGGGGGAAACCAAGAAGCAGCGCAGCUACAACCGCAUGAGCAAGAAGAUACCUGAAAAGUUGCAAUCCUCAGUGGUUAUUGAUGCCAAGGAGCUCAAGUUUUGUGUGCAAGAUCUUAGUGAUCAGCUCCUGGAAGUUGUUGGUCUUGAAGGGGCAAUGGAAAUGGGACAGAUCUAUACUGGAUUGAAAAGUGCUGGAAAGAGAUUGGCCCAGUGUUCCUCUGUUGCUAUCAGGACAACCAAACUGUUACCCAUGCAAGUGGAUGGAGAGCCUUGGAUGCAACCACCUUGUACAAUUAAAAUAACCCACAAAAGCCAAGUACCAAUGUUGUUAGGACCUCCCCAAAAGAGCAGCUUUUUCUUCCUGAGGAGGAGAAACCGAACUCGAGACUAAUUUUCAGCCAAGCAAAGAACAACCUUCAGAAGCAGCAAUUCUCCAUUCCAGUGGCAACCACCCAGGGGAGGCCUGCAGGAAAAAAAUCUUAAUCCCUUCAGAUUUCCUGGCUUCUGAAUCUGCUUUGGAAACAUCAGUCUGGAGGCAGCAUUGUGAACUCUUAGUAGAAAAUAACAGGGUUGACAUUCAGCAGUAAAACUGAAAUAGCAGUGUGGGUUCGUAUAUACAUGCACACAUAGCCACUUUCUCUAAAUAUUGUUGGCAGGGAUAGCACUAACACUGAGGAUUUUGCCCUCCAUAAUGCCACAGGCCAAGGAGGGGAAGCUCUCAACUGCUCUGGUUGGCCUGUGGUAAAAUCUGGGACUCUUCUGAAGAGAACUGUUCUGGGCAACCAUGAAUUAUACAGCUCUGUCAGAAAGCAAACAAGAGGCAUGGAAACAGCAUGUCUGACGUUGCCCUCCAGAUGGGAUGCAGGAGCAUUUUCAUUUCGUUGGAACUCUUUAGAACCCCCAAAAUAACUGUUGAAGUAUCAAAUUUGGUGAGGAACCAAGCUUAGCUUAUUUAUUUUUAAGAAAUUCUGUCAGCAGACAAGUGUUAUUUCACCCUGCUACUGUUUGGGUCACCAAACUGUACACUCGAUUAGACAUGCUAUUUAUUUAUUUUUCAAGGUUUAGAAAACACAGGGGGAGAUGAAACGGGAAAGGAAGGGAGAUGUUAUUUUUUUCAACUCUAAAACAACAGGGCCCCUUGCUAGCUCCAGUCAUAAUUUUUAGUUUUAAAAUAAAGUGGAAAUUGGUUAGCUGUUCCCUUUCAGAGGCACAGGAACACACAAAAAUAUUGCCACAAAGAAGCUAGAUACAUUAGAGGAAAGGUCAAGAUAAAAAGUGAGAACUUUUUUUGGAAGGAAAAGAAAAACUCAGGGUAUAUUAAAUGUAUGAGUAAUCCUUCACCAUUUGGUAUGUUGAUAACCUUAACAAAUUUAGGGAUACCUUCAGGUGUGAUACUGAUUUUCCUGUCCAGUUAGUGUUUUUAUAUUUUCUUUUCACAUACGGGAAGUUACUACUACUUCUGUCCAGGCAUAUUUUAUACACAUAUUUUAAAAUUUUUCCACGGCAGCUUCAGUUAAGAUAGGGUUCCUCUUAAAUCCUAUCUCAAUAUGGGG